UCGUUUAAACACCGCGUAACGCAAUCGCACACAAAAACCGAUCGUGCAUGUCGUCUCGCUCUCUUUUUUUAUUACACACGAGUAGUAUACAGGACUAGUUAUAACAACACAGAAAGGGAUAUGGCCAGUCAACCAGAGCCUUCCCAUGGCGAACUUGAAGAAGAAUUAGCACAGAUCCGUCGAUACGAAGAUUUUAGUACUAUUGACUGGGUUAAGGAUGCCAUUCUAGAGCGAUAUCGACAAUCCGCACUUGAACGACAGAAUAAAAGCGACCACUCAUGGCGUGCCUGGUGGAAGAUGGCCUUUGAAACGGCACAGACUUGGAUCGUCGUGUCGCUUGUCGGCGCGGCGGUUGGAUUGAACUCGGCCCUUAUUGCUAUUGUUACGGAUUGGCUCUCGGAUGUCAAAAUGGGAUAUUGCUCGACGGGAUGGUGGCUCAACCAGAAAUACUGUUGCUGGGAAAUAGAAGGGGAUGACGGUGGGUGUGAGUAUUGGGUAUACUGGAGCCAGACAAUGGGCCUUGGUCCCGAUGCAUUCAUUAUCCAAUGGCUGUUCUACGUGGCACUGGCGACACUUUUUGCUACAACCUGUGCCUUCCUUGUCAAAGUACUUGCACCUUAUGCCGCUGGCUCCGGCAUUUCUGAAAUCAAGUGUAUUAUUGCCGGUUUUGUUAUGAAAGGCUAUCUCGGUGGCUGGACCUUGCUGAUGAAGAGCGUUGGAUUGGCUAUGGCUGUAGCAUCCAAUCUAUCGAUUGGAAAAGAAGGUCCCUCCGUACAUAUGGCUUGCUGUGUAGGCAAUGUGAUCUCUCGGAGCUUCUCAAAGUACAGGACAAGCAAAGCUGAAAUGCGUGAGAUAUUGACAGCAUCAAGUGCAGCAGGCGUAGCAGUUGCCUUUGGUUCACCUAUCGGUGGCGUAUUGUUUGCACUCGAAGAAAUGACUUACACGUUCUCGAAUCGUACUUUAUGGAAGAGCUUCUUUUGUGCCAUGAUUGCUACUAUGGCUUUACAGACAAUGAAUCCAUUCCGCACUGGCAAACUGGUCAUGUUUCAAGUAAGCUAUGAUCGAGAAUGGCAUAGCUUUGAAUAUUUGUUUGUCGUCAUUAUCGGUAUUUUUGGAGGACUCUAUGGCGCAAUUGUGAUCAAAUACAACGUGAUGGUCGCCCAGUUUCGAAAAAAGUAUCUUAAAGAUCACCCUAUCACCGAAGCAGCUGUAUUAGCCUUUGUUACUGCUGUAGUCGCAUAUCCCAAUGUGUUUAUGCGGAUCGACAUGACUGAAAUAAUGGGAAUUCUUUUCCAAGAGUGUGAAAGUGUGGAUACUGACGAUUUCCACGGUCUUUGCCAAGAGAGCCAAUUAGCACGUAUCUGUGUACUUUUACUUUUCGCGACUAUGCUUCGAACACUAGGUACUAUCAUUUCAUACGGUUGCCGUGUACCUUGUGGUAUUUUUGUUCCUUCCAUGGCUAUCGGAGCCACUUUUGGUCGCAUGAUUGGAUUGUUAGUAAAGUCAUGGCAAGAUGCCGAUCCCGAAUUCUUUUUAUUCUCAACGUGCAAACCCGAUGUUCCAUGUAUCACACCAGGCACUUACGCAUUUCUGGGAGCAGCCGCGGCACUUUGUGGUGUUAUGCGCAUAACAGUAUCCGUGGUUGUGAUCAUGUUUGAACUGACAGGCCAGAUCACUUAUAUCCUUCCAACUAUGAUUGCUCUCAUGGUUACUCGAGCUGUUGGUGAUCGAUUUGGUACUGGUGGUAUUGCUGAUCGGAUGAUCAGAGUGAACGGAUAUCCCUUCUUGGAUAAAGAAGAUCACGUAUAUGGAGUACCAGUAUCCAAUGUCAUGCAAAGAGACAUGACAGUAUUAUCAUCGAUGGGAAUGCGAUUCAGUGAACUUGAGAAAAUACUACGCACGACUAUGUACCGAGGAUUCCCUGUAGUACAGAGCGAAAGCGACAUGACAUUGUUAGGAUAUAUUGGUCGAUCCGAAUUAAAGUAUUUAAUCGAGAAAGCAAAGACGCGAAACAAGGCACAUGACUCGACUAUAGUCAGAUUCAUACCCGACGAAGAUGAUUCAGAACAGCUGUCAAGUAUAUCCAGCGUCGAUCACAUCAUCCAGGGUUCAUCCGACGUGCUUGACUUUGGACCAUAUAUUGAUCAAACCCCAAUCACUGUACAACCCCGACUUUAUCUCGAGACUGUAAUGGACAUGUUUAAACAGCUGGGUCCACGCGUUAUCUUGCUUGAACGACGUGGUAAACUGGUUGGUCUGGUGACCGUGAAAGAUGUAUUGAAAUACAUGGCGCACGUGGAGAACUCAGAGUCCACGAACGGCGAAGCUACCCGAGACUGUGGCGAUGUGGUUGCGAAUUUUGCCUCUCGUCUAUUUCGAAGAGACAACCAACCAGAUUACAUGCGGCUGCGGAAUUCAUCCGAUGAAAGUCAUGAAAUGCAUACCAGUCCCCAUUAAACUACUCUGUUUAUAAAAAAGCCCCCACUUUAUCACAACUAGUAUCAUACCUCCAUCAUUCACACCCAAAACCACCACCAACUCCUCGUUUUUUCCUUUUUUAUUGGGGUAUAAUU